UCGACCAAUGAUUUCUCAAGGGUGGGGUUUACUCAGUGUUGUAGUGGCGAUACUAGUAUUUUUAACGAAAAACUACUAGCAAGGAUAGUAAAAAGUGCUCGCUGUCUUCCGAAUAUACGUGAAACCCUUGCUGUACUCGAACGUGCCAUCAUAAUGUUCGUUAAGUAAUUCGCUUUUUUCUAAAACAAAACCCUGGGAAUCUUGACGAGGCUUUCCAUUGACCAUUCUGUGGAGACCUUGUGUAUGUUUGUGUGGGUGAGAGAGCUCGAAGAGAAAUCAACAUGGUUCUUGCCCAUCUAAAAGGGUUCGGAAAGCAGCUUCUGAGGGUGAAGAUGGUCGACUGCAGCACAGAAGAGUCUCGGCUUGCUCGAUGUCUCAACACCUUUGAUCUGGUGGCUCUUGGUGUGGGCAGCACAUUGGGCGCUGGUGUCUACGUGCUGGCCGGAGCCGUGGCCCGAGAAAAUGCUGGACCGGCUAUCGUUGUGUCCUUCCUUAUUGCAGCACUGGCCUCGGUCAUGGCCGGACUAUGUUAUGCUGAGUUCGGCGCACGUGUACCCAGGACAGGCUCCGCAUAUCUGUACAGCUAUGUGACGGUAGGGGAACUGUGGGCCUUCAUCACUGGCUGGAACCUCAUCCUCUCCUACAUUAUAGGAACCUCCAGUGUGGCUCGGGCGUGGAGUGCGACCUUCGAUGAGCUCAUUGGGAAACACAUAGAAAACUUCUGCAGACUCCACAUGAAUAUGAACAUGCCGGGAGUGCUAGCAGAGUAUCCAGACAUGUUUGCUGUUCUCAUCAUCCUCACACUCACAGGGUUGUUGGUGUUUGGGGUGAAGGAGUCAGCUAUGGUCAAUAAGGUGUUCACCUGCGUCAACGUUCUGGUCUUGAUGUUUGUGGUGGUGUCGGGCCUGAUCAAAGGAACCCUCAAAAACUGGAACCUGAGUCCUGAGGAGAUCCUAAACAAUACGUCCUAUAUGAAUACAUCAGAGCUGUUGCCAUUUGGAAAGAGUCUGGGUGUUGGCGGCUUCAUGCCCUUCGGCUUCACUGGAGUUUUGUCUGGUGCCGCAACCUGUUUCUAUGCUUUUGUCGGAUUUGAUUGUAUCGCCACAACAGGUGAGGAGGUGAAGAAUCCUCAGAGAGCAAUACCCAUCGGCAUCGUAGCAUCACUCCUCAUCUGUUUCGUUGCAUACUUUGGCGUAUCAGCCGCCCUCACUAUGAUGAUGCCAUACUACAUGCUGGACGAGAAGAGCCCUCUGCCCGUGGCCUUCAAAUAUGUUGGCUGGGAAGGGGCGACGUAUGCAGUGGCUGUUGGCUCUCUUUGUGCUUUGUCUACCAGUCUAUUGGGCUCCAUGUUCCCAAUGCCCCGUGUAAUAUGGGCCAUGGCUGAAGACGGACUUCUCUUCAAGUUCUUGGCCAACAUCAGUGAAAAAUCCAAAACCCCCAUAAUGGCCACUAUAACCUCAGGCAUAGUGGCAGCGGUGAUGGCUUUCUUGUUUGAUCUGAAAGAUCUGGUUGACCUCAUGUCCAUCGGCACUCUGUUGGCAUACACACUAGUUGCAGCCUGUGUCCUCGUCUUGAGGUAUCAACCAGAGCAGCCCAGUGUGAAUGUAGAAUAUCAGAUUGCCAGUUGUCAGGAGGACACAGAGGCUGACUCCAUUAAUGAGAGCAGUAAUGGCUUUCUGCCUGGAUCUCAAGACUUCUGCCCACUCAGCAACCUCCUCUUCCCCAAAAACACAGAGCCAUCCCAUCUCUCUGGCUUUACUGUCAACAUCUGCACUAGCAUAUUAGGUGUGUUGGUGUGUGUGUUCUGUGUAGUGGCGGUGCAGGGUGGCUUUCAAGUCUGGUCUCUGGCUGUUCUUGGAGCUCUGGCCGUGGUUUGUUUCAUCAUCACCAUGAUAAUAUGGAGGCAGCCUGAGAGCAAGGCCAAACUGUCCUUUAAGGUUCCCCUGCUGCCGUUCCUCCCUGUCCUCAGUAUGUUUAUUAAUGUGUAUCUGAUGAUGCAGUUGGAUUCAGGCACCUGGAUGCGUUUCGCCAUUUGGAUGGCGAUAGGUUUUUUUAUCUAUUUUUCCUAUGGGAUCAGGCACAGUACAGAAGCAGCCUUGGCCAGUAACAGCACUGAAGAAAACAUCGACAGAUUCAAACCGAUAAUGACAAACGGACUUCCUGCAGCAGAGAAAGAGGCUUUUUUGAGCAACGGUAUUAAUGCUGCUGGAGAGGAGGACAGUGACCCUUGAAAAUAUACUUGAAAUGCCUUUAAGUGAUAGCAUCAUGUGCUUAGAACCUACACUUGAAGUUCAAGAUGUUUGCUGCUCUACAAAAUACCAAAGACUUUGUUACUACAGAUCCAAAGCACCUUUAAACAGCAUUACAAGACGUGAUAUGAUAAUUUAUAUUUACUAGAUUUAUUUGGGUAAAAACAUGGACAGCAUUACUGAUUGAAAAAGGGACAGAACAUAUGUGCUCCGAGCAUAUGUAGGGAAGCACACUGCACUAUUAGAACAGUUGGUUCUUCGUCUGCCAAAUUGGUUUAUUUUAUUAUUUAUUUUUUGGCUUGUUUCCGUCAUGCUUUCCCCAUUCACUUUUAAAAGGGUCUUGAGCAAAUUGCACACUGAACCAAUCGUUACUCAAUUUUUGUCAUCAAUUUGUCCUCUCAGGCAUGAGGUCACGGUCUGUAGACACUUUGCAGACUUUUAUGCGUUAAAGUUACUAAGCUUUCUUGCAUGGGAGAAGACAUUACCUGCAGGGUGGGAAAUUAACACCUGCCACCAGCCAAAUGUCGGUACUUAUUGGGUAGUGGCGGGUAGUUUUGCCUUCUCUACCAGCCACUGUGGUGGGCGACCUGAAAAACGUCUCAGAUUGCCCUUUCAACAAAGAACGGACGAAGAAAAGCUUCGCGAGUUGGACACGUUUAGUCAUUCCUUCAGAUUUCUAAAGAUGUUUUCUUCUCAUACGCACAUCACAAGUGCUUUUCAAAGGGCACACGCACAGCUGCUUUGUUUCAAUUUAAUGUGUUGUACAAUGUACAUGCAUUCUUUUUCAUUCUAAUUUUUUAGUCCACUUUAAAAUGUUUAAAUUUGAUUCAUUGAAAGAGGACUCAGAUGCAUUAGAUUACUUCUGAAAUGUAAUCUGGUACUGAUUACAUAUUACACAACUAAAAUUGUAACCAGUCACGUAAUCUUUUAGAUGACACCUUUUGGUAAUCUAGUCUGCUUCUUGAUUACUUUUAGAUUAUUUAUUGCAUGAUUUGAUGAAAAAAGUGUUUUAAGUUCCAAUUUACACUCAUUUCAUUAAACAUAUUAGUAAGUUAGUAAUAACUGGAAAAUUAUGUAAUCGCUAUGCAAUUUAUAAAUAGUAACUGUAAUCUGAAUAUGCACAUUAAACAUUUAACAUCUAAUUACAAGUCCUUGAUUUUGUUUUGUAAUCUGAUUACGUUAGUUCUUUACUACCCGACAUAUGCAUACAUACUGUAUACACUGAUGAGCCAAAACAUUAUGACCACUCACAGGUGAAGCGAAUAACGCUGAUCAUCUCCUAACAAGGGCACAUGUCAAGGUCUGGGUAGAUUAGAUGGUAAAUGAACAAUCAGUUAUCGUAGCCAACGUGUUGAAUGCAGGAGAAAUGGGUAGGAGUAAAGACCUGAGCGACUUUGACAAGGGCCAAAUUGUUAUGGCGCGAUGACUGGAUCAGAGCUUCUCUGAAAUGGCAAGGCUUGUGGGGUUCUCCCGGUAAGCAGUGGUGAGUACCUACUGACAGUGGUCCGAAGAAGGACAAACCACAAACUGGCGACAGGGCUGUGUUGUGCUGAGUGCCCAAGGCUCAUCGAUGCGCGAGGGCAACGAAGGCAAUCCCGUCUGAUCCGAACUGACAGAAGGUCUACUGUGGCACAAGUCACAGAAAAUUUAAAUGUUGGUUACGGGAGGAGUGUGUCACAACACACAGUGCAUGGCACCCUGCUGCGUAUGGGGCCGCAUAGCCGCUGACCGCUCGGAGUGCCCAAGAUGACCCCUGUCCACCGUCGAAUGCACCUACAAUGGGCACGCACGUGUUGGAACUGGACCUUGGAGCCGUGGAAAAAGGUCGCCUGGUCCGAUGAGUCCCAUUUUCUUUUACAUCAGGUGGACAGCCAUGUACGUGUGCGCCAUUUACCUGGGGAAGUGAUGGCACCAGGAUGCACUGUGGGAAGACGGCAAGCCGGUGGAGGGAGUGUGAUGCUCUGGGCAAUGCUCUGCUUGGAAACGCUGGGUCCAGCCAUUCAUGUGGACAUCAGUUUAACCACCUACCUAAACAUCGUAGUAGACCAGGUACACCCCUUCAUGGCAAUGGUAUUCCCUGACGGCAGUGGCCUCUUUCAGCAGAAUAAUGCACCCUGCUACACUGCACACAUUGUUCAGGAAUGGUUUGAGGAACAUAAUGAAGAGUUGACUUGGCCUCCAAAUUCCCAAGAUCAAUCCGAUUGAGCAUCUGUGGGAUGUGCUGGACUAACAAGUCCGAUCCACGGUGGCUCUACAUCGCAACUCACAGGACUUGAAGGAUUUGCUGCAAAUGUCUUGGUGCCAGAUACCACAGCACACCUUCAGGGGUCUUGUAGAGUCCAUGCCUCGGCGGAUCACGGGAUGAUUUGGCGGCACGCGGAGGACCAACAGCAUAUUAGGCAGGUGGUCAUAAUGUUUUGGCUCAUCAGUUUAUAUACUGUACAUAAAAAACCACACAUUUGUAGUGAGUGCUUUUUUACAUCUGGAUUAAAAAAUGGCUGGAAAAAUUGCGCUGUGUCUGUCGGCCAAAAAAGUUAAUUUCUCACCCUGAUUAUGUGCAAACAAUGUCUGGGAACUGGAAAAGAAAUAUCUCAAUUAUUCAUAGGGAUUACAGUGCUUAUUUCUUAAAUGGUUUACUGUUGUGUGCAUGUUGCUUUUGUUAGCAGUUUUACAUUUGUUGGGUCUGGUGUUAGGCUAAUUAUAUAUGUACAGUAUUUUAUUUUUUUUUAAAGUGUAUUUAAUUUAAUUUAAGUUUUUCCUUUGGUUUUGGGUUAGAAUUUGAAAACAAAAAUAUGGAUUAUGAAUAAUUAUGUUGGAUUAUAAAUAGUUCAAUCAUAAACUGCAUUUUUGCAACAGCUGACGCUUUAAAUUUAGGUUCAUAAAUACCAUUUUCAAGAACAGAUUUAGCAGAAACGUUAUUGAGUGUAUUACAGUUCAAUGCACUUUGCACUGUAUUUUUUCAACAAUUAUAUAAUAAUCAGUUUUUCACAUCAAGCAAUAUUAAGGGAACUGUAAAUGUACUGUAAAUACCUGCUGUUUUUCUUGCAAUAAAUUAUUUUCUUGUUUGUACAGAAAAUAACUUUUAUAUUAUGUUUGUUUUGUGAGAGAGAGAGAAAAAAAAAUACAUUUUCAUGAUAGAAGAAUUGUCACAAACACCUAUUCUGAAAGGUCGGUCACAUAUGCAAAGUAUUUUUAUUCCUAUAUUAUCAAGUAAGUUACCAUACAAAUUAAGCGCAGUACAACAAAAGUUUCUCUGCUGUUUAAGUUUCUGUUCUUGCUUCUGGAGAAUAUCUCUUAUUGCAGGUUGCUUACAAGCUGCAUGACUUGUGAAAUGAUGCUUGAUUUCUAAAAUACAAUUGACCAUGAUGCGACGAGAUCUCAAUACAAAGUUUUUUCUUUCAAUUAACCAUUUAUUAACCAACCAGAGUUUCUCAACAAGCUUGCAGAAUAUACCAAUAUACUGGUAAACCUUUACUGAUGGAAUGUGUUUAUUUGAAAUUUACAGUUGCUUUACUUACAUACAGUGUAUGUUUUCUUCACAUUUUUCACACUCUCACUAGUUUAUUUAAUUUGUCUGCUAACAAUGUACAAAAGUAUAUGGACAUGUGUCACAGCAGAUUGUUGUCAUUUUUUUUUUUCUUCUGAAAGUUAUGAAAGUUCCCACCUCUGUCAUCUUCACAUCUUCACAAUUCUGUAUAGUUAAAUGGAGUUCUGCUAUGGAAAUGACAUUUUUAAAGGUUUUUGUUUUAAUUAUUUUAUUAAUUUUUUUUAUUAAAUGACCUUUUUUUUUUUUUCUUGCUAAGGCUAAUUUCAUUGCUAACAUUUUAUGUAUUUUAUCACAAAUAAAAUCUUCACUCUUUUUGCAUAAUUACAGCUUUUUUGAAAAUAUUUUUGGAGAUUUGUAAUGACGCCUAAUAAAAAUGCUUUGUUCAAAAGAUAUAUUUACCUAGAUUUUUCUUGUUUUCAUCAAACAUCACUUGUCUAAUAUUUCAUCUUAAGCUCUUCGCUGAUACUUUUACUGGCUUUGUUAUCAAGUACACUGACUUUUGAAAAAAACUUUAGGGGCAAGAUUGUUUGGUGUGG